AUGGUGGUGGUCUUGUUCGAGUUGUGUUUCAUUAUGAGUAGUCUAAUUUCAUCAAGUCUAUUUCUUUAUGUCACCUAUACGUUUGUAAUGAGUGAAGUGCACAUCAAUUUUUUGGAUCAUUUGUACACCGUGGUAGUUCUGAUUUUGUUCGGAUACGCUACUACACCAGCGAUAAGGACAUUGACGGAUACAAUCAGUACGGACACAAUAUUUGCACUAUCGUAUAUUACAGUGUUAAUAAGUUGCGUCUUUCACGAUUAUGGCAUAAACGCUCCUAUAGUGUCUUAUCAGUUGUCGGUGAGCAGUGGUUUAAGUUCAGCUGUAUUUCUGCUUUCUCGGCUGAACUCCAACGAUAUGGCCUUCGUCAUGCUGUCCAUGGCAUUCGCGUUGCAUGCCUUUACACCUUUUUUCAGGAAUCUCCUUUUUUCCCGUUAUACGUUGACCUCUUCGAUAGUGACAUUUUCCUUGGUUGCUUGUUCAACAUAUCUUCUCCGGACUCUACAUGUGGAAUUGUCUGUGAUAUGGGUGAUUUGCCAGCUCUUUCUACUGUUUGUUUGUCCGCUUAUUUUAAUCAUCAAGCAACAGAGUAAGCAAACCAUUCAUGGUCCUUGGGAUGAAGCAGUUCCAGAAAAGGUUUCUAUCUAG